AUGGCCGAUCCUUUUGCGCCUCGAUCUAUGAAGCGCAAGAACGUCAAGGGUCUCGCUUUGACGCCUGCUGCGCCCAAGCCGCCCCCAACCGCUGAGACCAGCAGAGCUGGAUACGAUCCUCGCGAUAAGGAUGGUGGGGACCAGUCGGCGCAGUUGGAAAUUGGCAUCGAGUACAAGCUGGACCUGCGACCAGAGGACCUCGAGAUUCUGAAGGAGCUUGGCUCAGGAAAUGGAGGCACCGUCAGCAAAGUCAGGCAUGUUUUGACUGGAACCGUUAUGGCACGCAAGGUUAUCCACGUGGAAGCCAAGAAAGAGAUGCGUAAGCGCAUUGUUCGUGAGCUCCAGAUCAUGCAUGGUUGCUCGUCCGAGUAUAUUGUCAACUUCUACGGCGCUUUCCUGAACGAUCACAACGAUGUCAUCAUGUGUAUGGAAUAUAUGGACGUCGGUGCCCUUGAUCGAGUUUCGAAGGUCUUUGGCCCGGUUCGAGUCGAUGUGCUGGGCAAAAUCGCAGUGGCGACGCUGGGAGGUCUGACCUACCUCUACUCGAAGCACCACAUUAUGCACCGGGAUAUCAAGCCGUCCAACAUCCUUGUCAACUCCAGAGGAAGCAUCAAGCUGUGCGACUUUGGCGUUUCUGGUGAACUUAUCAACUCCGUUGCAGAUACCUUUGUCGGAACAUCGACAUACAUGGCCCCCGAGCGAAUUCAGGGUGAGAAGUACACAGUCAAGUCGGAUGUCUGGAGUUUCGGUCUCACCAUAAUGGAGAUGGCUAUUGGAAAGUUUCCUUUCAACGCGAGCGAGCAACUUUCGGACGGCGAGUGUGCACCGGCAGGUAUUCUGGAUCUUCUGCAGCAAAUCGUACACGAGCCCGCGCCGAGACUACCAAAGAGCGAUGCAUUUCCCUCAAUCUUGGAAGACAUGAUUCAAAAGUGUCUGUCAAAGGUUCCCGACGAACGGCCGACUCCCCAGGAACUUUUUGACCGUGACCCGUUUGUCCAAGCUGCCAAGAGAACACCGGUCGACUUGAGAGAAUGGGCUGUCGGAAUGAUGGAGAGAGACAACCGCAAGUCUCAUUUGGCACCUCAACUGUCACCGGCCACUCGCGAUCUCCUGAAUUCGAGCGACUCUCCGACCUACCACGGCGGGUCUGGAAAUGAUCGAUCCCUCGACACGCCGACUUCGGGAGAGAUCCCCAUUGCGGGCGCUGGCAUCAUCUCUCCGCGAGAACCCGUUAGCCACUCUAAUCGCUCCCCCACUCGAAACGGGCUCAACACCAUGAGCAGUCGACAGCCGGGUGGGCAUCCUGGCAUGGGACAGAGGAUUGUUACAACCAAUUCGAUCCCAAAAGCUGGCGAGUAUCCGAACAGCGCAGGGCCCGUGAGCGCCAACGCUGCUUCCUUCAGCCUGCCUGUUCGCCCGGCACCUGGCGGCCCCCUGCCGCCGGCCCCUCCACGUAAGAGCACUCCUGACGACCCAAGACGCGAGAACAGGCGACAGGCAACCUUUGGUAUGCCCCCGGCACCCAGGAGCUACGCGAGCGAUGUGUACAAUGGUACCUCCAACUAG